AGUGUAAAUGACAUUUGACAGUGGAUAAUAAUUGUUUUUUUUUUUAUUUAUUUUUAAUUUAAAAUAAAUAUUACUUAAAAAUAUAUUCAUUUGUGUUUUUUGUAGUAUAAAAUAACUGCACUUUUAUAUAUUUCUAUAAAUUAAAAAUAAUAUUUUUUUGUUCUUAUCUACAUAGAUAUCUCAUUUAAUUUUUUUUUUUUUGUCUCUUGCACACAAUUUGUCUAUUAGAGCUUACUAUUUCUAUUUAGUACGUGGCUAAAUAGAAAUAAAUUUAGAACGUAUGCGUCAUAUAAUUCACGAGUAUAGUUUUAAGUCUUUUUCGACCAAGCAUUUAUACAUUAACAGAUAAAAAGGGACUCAAUAGACCAACUAGCACGAAAAAAGAAAAAAAAAAAAAAGAUAAGAAACUUUUAGAUAUUUUAUUAUUAUUUUAUUAUAUAUCUAAAAAUAAAAACCAAUGUAUUUAAGUUUUGUCAUGUAUCAAGAAAUGUUUCACGAUAAAUAUAUUUGAAACGUAAAUAAAUAAUCAAAAAUAAAUGAACGUUCAAUGUGGUGUCAUCGAGUGAAAAAUUUACCAAACAUUUUCAUAAAUUGUGAAUUGAAAAAAGUGAACAAAUACAUCAAGAAGUUUAAUAUAAUAAAAUUUAAUAAAAAUGUCAAACCCAAAUAUUUUUUUUACAUCAAGAAGUAGCAGAAAUUUUUGGAGAAAAAAAACAGCUUUAAUUUUCCUCAUUUGCUGUUUACUAAGUACAAUAUUUAUCAUGCAAUUUUUUUACAAUUCACCAUCAUCAAUGAUAAAUUUUAAUGACAAUGAUGACAGGCUAUCUUUUGACAUGUUUAAUCCAGAAUUGAACCGAUUUUUCAAUCAAACAGACAAAAAAUGGUACAACAAAAAAGAUAUUUCCAUGUUUGAUGUAAAAUUGCUCAAAGAAAUUCGCAAUAAUUGGAUAAUAAGUAAAUUUAUCAAUGAAAAUAUUCAUUCAUAUUUGAAUCUGGCAGAACCUGAUAUUAUUGAGCAGUCUAUGGGUCAAGCACAAAUAAUUAAAAAAAUAUUUAAUAACAAGACAAAUGGAUUUUUUAUCGAGUGUGGAGCAUAUGAUGGAGAAACUCGUAGCAACACUUUGAGCCUGGAACGAUCACUUGGCUGGACUGGUCUUUUGAUUGAAGCAGAUCCAAUAAAUUUUCGUAAAAUGUUAAAGAAAAAACGAAGAUCUCAUUUGUCACCUACGUGUCUUAGCACUCAGCCCUAUCCUAUGAGUGUUUCAUUUUUAAUGGCAAAUAAUAUUGGUCGUAUUCAUAAUUCAAGUGAAAAUAAUUCUGAAAAAAAUACAAUGGAUCGUGCUCAUCAUGGAAUUCACGUGGGUGUUCAAUGUUUUCCUUUGGCAUCAUAUAUUGCAGCACUUGAAAUAAAAACAGUUGAUUAUUUUAGCUUGGAUAUUGAGGGAGAUGAAAUGAGUAUUCUCAAGACAAUACCAUUCAAUCUAGUAGAUAUAAAGACACUAUCAGUUGAAUUUACUCAUGCUGAAAAUGAUCGUCAAGAAAUGAUUGAUUACAUGAAAUUACAAGGAUACUAUGUCCACAGUUUAGUAACACAUCCAAAUAAUUUGGCAAAUGAUUUUAUAUUUGUCAAAUCAUAAUUAUAUGGUAAACACUAUUUUAAUUAUUAAAUAUCAGUUAAUUAUUUUCAUUCAGGUUUUCAAGCUACUAGUUUUGUUUAUCGUUAAAACAUUGACUGAAUUUUGAAAAAAAAAAAAACAUUCCUUUUUGUUGUAUUAUUAUUAUAUUGUAAUUAUUAUAAAGUUUGUAUUUAAACUCAAUAAAUUUGUUUUUUUUUUUAUAA